GGCGCGUGUACGCGGUUGUGAAUGGGUGGCCCGGGGCCCUGGGGCUUAUCCGGAAUAUUCUUUCUGGUUUCUUCCCCUGACCUCGUCGUCAUCGUCAUUACAUUAUAAAGGAGCUCUCGGUGCUCAAUGCGCUUGUAGUUCAAAUUACACGCUGUACUUGCUCUUCAAAUGUCGAAGUCUGGGAUCCAAGGCCAAAUUCUCGAAGUCACAGUUGUUGGGGGUAAUAAGUUGAAAGACACAGAAUGGAUCUCAAGGCAAGAUCCCUACGUUUGCCUUGAGUACGGUAGCACCAAGUUCCGUACCAGAACCUGUACAGACGGUGGCAAAAGCCCUACCUUCCAGGAGAAGUUCGUUUUUACUCUUAUUGAAGGCCUUAAGGAGCUGAAUCUUGCCGUCUGGAACAGCAAUACCCUUACUUUUGACGAUUUCAUAGGCAGCGGAAAGGUUCAGCUCUUGAAAGUUCUUUCCAGUGGUUUUGACGACAGUUGUUGGCCCCUUCAGACCAAAACCGGCAGAUAUGCAGGAGAAAUUCGGCUUAUAUUGCAUUAUGCAAAUGCAAAUAAACCAUCGGCAAGCUGUGCCCCAUCUGCACCACCAUAUUUAACACCGCCCGGACCACAAGUUCCUCCGUACUGUGCACCCCCACCAGUAUCUGCAGUUUCUUACCCACAGCCAGUGGCAGCCUACCCAACCCCAUCUCCCUAUCCUUCAUUCCCUCCUAAUCCAGCAGUUUAUGCACCAUAUCCACCCCCUCAGGCAGCUGCUUAUCCCCAAUUAUAUCCACCACCUUCGGCAUAUCCUCCACCGCCAUAUCCACCCCCUCAUGUUGCACCCUAUUAUCCUCCGCCUGGUAUGUUUAUCUACUUGCACCAUACUUCUGCCAGUUUUAGCACCUGUGCAUCACAUUGUUAAUUGCUAACUCUCUUAUAUUUGUCAACUAGGUCCAUAUCCUGGAGCUUAUCCACCACCGCCAUACUGAGAGGUUCCUCCAUGAUCAUGUGUGAGAGCAGGACCCAUCCAAAAUUUUAGGGAUUGUAUGCUAGUUGCUUGUGUAGAUUUUACGGAUGUAGCUUGGUAGGUUUGACAUUUUCAUACUCCCAAUAAGGAAUUCUGUUUCUAUUUUGUUAACUGUUCAUAUAUUCUCAGUGUCGCAAGAUCUUUGAUGCAUGUUUCUGUGUUUCCUACUCGCUUUCUAUUUUUAAUUUCUUUGAUUUGUAAGGUAUAUUGUAUUCUCUAUUCAUUCAGAAAUACCUAUAAGGAGAAUUUUGAGUUAUGCAA